GAGUUUCAUUGGGGCGGAGAAAACGAGAUUAUUUGCCUCGCCAAGCACUACGGCAUCGAAGUGGCUGUGGUCUGCUGUGAGAGCAUGCAAGUUCUCUGCUAUGGCUCGGACCUGCCGUCCUGCUCAGCUCGGAUAUACCUCCUCUACACGGGGCAGCACUACGACCCCAUCGUGUCGGGGCCCGAAGCAGGAGUCCCAGUGGAGCAAGAGCAGAAGAAGCAGAAGAAAG